AUGGGUUACCACAUCAGUUACGGGCCCUUGUUCGUGCAAUGGCUCUUGAAUGCAGCGAAUAUCAAUGGGCCUUCCUCCAAGAGCAUACCCAGGCUAUACGAAAACUCUCCAGCACCCAAUCCUGUCAGAGAAGAUGGCAGGGCCUUCAAUAUGCGAGACAACACAACAGGUCUUAAUCUCGAUUUCAUGUCGUACGCUGCUUACGCACAAGUCGGAUUUGAUCCUACCGCCCUAUUAGAUCCGGAAGUCUUGGCUAGCACAUCCCAAAAAGUCUUCUCGACCUUCUUUCAGCACUUUGUCAACAGCAAUCUGUCUCGCGAAUCCGGCGGUUAUGUCUACCAACCUAGGGGCAUGGAACUCAAGAUCAACGCCCCAAUGGACGACAUGCCAAUCCAGUACAUGCCUGGCGGUUCCAUAGCGCCAAAGUUUGAAGACAUAGUCCGCAACACCAGUGCAACAACAACAGCGGAAACAAGCACCCAGGUAGAAGUUCUUCAGAUGAAUCUCGUCGCGUUCUGGAUCGCCACAAGUAUCCUAAUCUGGCUUAUCAUCACCAUCAUCAUUCUCGGAUCCGUACAAAGGAAAUACUACGGCGGCAUGAUGCGCAACAUCGAAUGCGUCGCCGAUGUGCUGGUUCUUAUCGCUGGAAGCGAACGUUUGCUUGAAGUUAUCAGAGAAAAGGGCUUCGAUGCUAUAGUCAAGGAGGACAAGAUGUUGACGCGUAUGGGAUGGUUCCGAGACGAUGAUGGGACCAUGCGAUGGCGGAUUGACUUGGUUGAGGAAAAGCAAGUUCAGAUGCAGCCCAUUCGUCUGGGCCCUGGGUAUGUUCCAGUGACGAAUGGCAAUGAGGAGUGCGAUGUAGAUGCUGGGUCUGGUCGUAGCGUAUCCCCAGCAGGUAGCGAUGACGAAGGCCAUGUGGAUGCUGUGUCGGACGCUAGCGUCGCCAGGUCGAGAUGA